AUGCCAGUCUAGCUUACUAUAAAUACUCUGUUGCACAAGGAUGAAUAGGACAAAGAUAUAAAUAAGUAACUCUAAAGUAGCUUCAUUAUUAAUGUUUCUCUCAUUAGUUCAUAAGGUUAUCAUCAUUUAUAGAUUGUGAUUUUAAUAUUUAUUAGUAUAUUUAAAAUAAAAUAUAAAAUAAAUAACAGUGAAAAAUUACAAAGAAUUGAUGUACAUAGAUAUCUUUAUAGUUAUGCAACAUAUUUCAUUGAGUGUUUUUUAUUUGCAUUGUGUAUAGAAUAAUUAUUUUAACAAACAUCUGUCAUAUACAAAACCAGUCGCAUGUUAAUGGAAUUUUUAAGUUUCAUUUUAAAUAGUGGAAGUAAAAUGUAAUUUUAUAAUAAAGCAUAGUGCUAGCAAAAUAUUUUGCUAAUUUAGUCGAUAAUGAAAUAAAAGUUAUAUAUUAUUUUUACAUUUUUGCUAUGACUUUUUAAUGUGAAUGUGAAAGUUAUCAAUUUAUAAAAUAAAUAAUAAAAAUUAUUAUUAUAUAAAAAUUUAUUGUGAUUCAUUCUUAUAUACAUAUAUAUAGUAUUGAAUUUUUAAUAAUGGAUAACAUACAACAGAUGACUAUGGUUAACUUCAUAUUUAUGUAUUUAUCAUUAUUACUAAAAAAGGGAGUUCAUGGAAUUAGUACAGUUACAGUAACAGAAGUUCCAGCUGGUCAUUUAGCUGAACUUCCAUGUUUAAGUAGUGAUGAUUAUCAUCGUUUUAUGUUUUGGCAACUUAAAGAUGAUCAUCAUAUUAUUGGGCCUGGCAAUCCAAUGGAUGAAAACAAAUAUAAUUAUGAAGUGUUAACAGGGAAACUCUUCAUUAAGAGCGUAUCAACAGCUGAAUCUGGUUUCUAUAGAUGUAUUUCAAAAGGUAUAGCAGAUCAUUCUGCUAUCAAUAUACAUAGUGUUGAAUUAGUAGUUAAGAAAGAUUGGGAAGAUGUUUGGGAAAAUGAUUUUGAGACAAAUUUAUUACGAGGUAUGGCUGCUGUUAUGGUAGUAGUCGUUGUUAUAGCAAUUGUUCUUUUUAUUGUUACUACAAAAAAAAAACGUAAUCACAGAUUUUUUGAUUUAGAAGAAUCAAGAGAAAAUUCCCCUGAAAAAUAUACACCAAAUGUUAAUGCUGGUCCUGCAGUAUCUGCACCAACAAUUGAAGUUGCUGGUAUUGAUAAUACAGCUCUUGAUAUUGAUUUUCCAAGAGUAUUUAAACAAAUGCAAAAAUAAAAAGAUACAUAUAAAAUAAAAAAUAAUUUUAUAGCAAGUAUUUAAAAAAAAAUGUUGUAUAGUACUAUAUAUUAUACAUAUUUAAAAAAUAUGCAUAUAUAGUCAUAUUUAUUUAUGUAUAUAUUAAAUUCUGUUAGCAAUUAUGCUAAUAAAUAUAUCAUGAAUAAAAUACAUAAUCAUACUUAGUAAAUAAUAAAAUUUUAAUUAAAUAAUAUUUUAUACACAAGAUUUCGUAAUAUAUUGUAUAUAAAUUAUUAUACAUAAUGUAUGUACAUAUAAAAUGAUUAAAUUGCUUAAUUCAUUAUUUUAAUAUAUAUAAA